UCCCAAGGGGGCACCUGCUGAUGUAAAAUUCGAGCUGGGGAGCCAUGACGACGCAUAUCUCAGCAGCCAGCAAGGAGGAUGGUGUCCUGUGCCUGCUGCGUGCUUCAUUCUAUUCGUGUGAACCUGCAUAUCAUGUAUCAUGAGAUGCGUGAGAUGCAGCGGAAUUGACUGGAUGGGUACACGGCUCUGAGAGCUCCUCUCAGGCUCUUAGCCUAUAUAGGUCUACCUCAGUACGUGGUUUGAUUCGGUAUACCCUAGAAUGCGAACGCCGCAUAACAGAAUCGUUUUUCUCCGUUUCCAACCACGUUUCCUCAACUGGUAACGCAUCCAGUGAUCCUUGUAACUACUAGUAGUUGAUUACCCGUCGACGUGUCCUGUUUCCGCGUCACGUCUUUGUACCUCCCGCUAGAAGAAGGAAGUUGAGCCAUCAGGUGAGGCUUGAGCGUGGAUCACGGGACUCGUUAGGCUGGAACAAGGUAGAGUAUGGUACCCGUUAGAAGUAGAUUCUAGUAGCCGUUAUAAGUGGAGUCUAGCCGUUUGCGGAAAGAGAGAGAGAGGUACAACCAAUUGUCGGAAGGGGGAAUUUUCUGUGGCGUAGCGUCUUGGUGACACUUGAGUCGACUCAAAAGUCACCCCAGCGGCUUCAGCGCCUGGGUGAUUCUCGCAGGGGAGCGCGAUGCCGCCGAAGACGUCGCAGGAAAUUCAGGCGGAGAGUCUGAAGCAGAAAGGCAAUGAGUACUUCAAGAAAGGGUUUCUCGGAGCAGCUAUAGACGCGUACACGGAGGCCAUCGCCUUUUCCCCGGGCGUGGCAAUCUACUGGACCAACCGAGCUCUGUGCCACAGACGAAAAAGUGAUUGGCCGAGAGUGGAGAAUGACUGCACAAAGGCUUUGGAGCUGGACAGAAAUUCCGUCAAGGCGCGGUUCCUUCUGGGCCUUGCUCUGGCGGAGCUGAGCCGAUUCUCAGAGGCCAUCAGAGAGCUGGAGAAGGCACUUGAGGCGCUACGCAACGACACACGGCUGGUGCGCAGUGACAAUCUGGACGACAUCUGGAGGGUGCUGGCUGCCGCCAAGUACCGGCAGUGGGAGGAGGAGGCGCGGGCGAGGAGAGAGAAGCAGCAAGCGCUAGGGGAGGAGCUGAAGCUGCUGAUGAAGAAUCGUCUGUUCCAGCAAGUGGCUCAGCUUCUAGGAAAGGAGGGCGCUUUGAAUGGUUCGGCCACAGUGGACGUCAAUGCCCUCGGCAGCACAGCAGGCUUGGAUGCAGUGAAAUCGCAGCAGGUGCAGUCACUGGUGCAGCAGUACCAGGAGCGGCUCAAUACUCUGGAGAACGUGUUUGACAAGGCUGGAGCGCCAGACAGACCGGCUGAGGCCUGAAUGUACGGGCAGUCUAAAAUUUUUUAGGCUGCCCAAGGGAAAAAAAAAGAGGGGAUGGAAAGCCGACUUUUGUAAAAAAGUUUGUAGGUUUUGAUCUUCUAGUAGAAGAUUAUCACGAGUGGGGUGCGACGAAAGUCACAAAUUGUUUAGCGAAAUUCCGCAUGCGCGAAAUCUCGUCGCUGGUGCGCGUCAAAUUUGGUGCCCCGGCAAUCCAACCCGUCAAUGAACAACCCCCCAACCCCCCUCGACAUGUGAUUCUCCUUCCUCCCUCGACAAAUGCCAAUCGCUAACCUUACUCCAGCGACAAUCAAGUCUAGACUAAGUAGCAUCUUACGACUAGGAGGAGCGCGCAUACUAUCAGCGCAACGAAUUUCGUUGCGACUUAGAUUGAUGGGGUAGAUCAUAUCAGAAACUGAGAACUUGAUUGAUUGAAAUGAGCAAGAGCAUACAUCCUUAAGUACCGA